AGGCCAACGUUGCAACAACCUCUCUACUCCAUACGCUGCUGCCAUAACAUCGCGGUGCUGAGGACAAGUCCCGGAGGGCAAUUCCACAAAUCGGAUUACGAGACAUUUGAUCUCGCCUUAGCUAAAAUAGCCAGAGAAUGGGGAAAGAAAUGCAUAUUUGAACAUAACCCAAUUAAGAAUAUUCACCCUAAACAUGAAUUUAGGCCGUUUGGAGAAACUAUGUACAGGACACCUGCCAAAAGUAAUCCAUUUGAUCCUGCUAUUCCUAUUUCAAAAUUUCAUGAUCAAGUAAUAUACUACAACUACAGCAGCAACACAUGUGAAAUGUUAUGUAAAGAUUAUCUUCAGGUAAGUUGUAUUUUUCGCUCGUCAGAUUGUCAACCAUUUUUCUAUCUUCAGAAACAGAAGCACCUUAAGGUUACACAUUUUUCUGGCACAUUUAUCACCCCCAAAAUAACAGAAAUAAUUGUUUCGGCUAAUACUUAUAAAGUUGGCUGUGCUGUCAUCUUCUGCCGUCAAUCACAAGAUGGAAGGAGGAAUAGUGCGACAUUUGUGUGCAAUUAUGGUCCAUCGAUGAAAGUUGGAGUUCAACCAUAUAAACCAGGAAGGCCAUGUAGUAACUGCCCAGAAGGAGACAAGUGUCAAAACAGACUCUGUAGUAAGUAUAGUGAAUGA